AUGGCAGAAUGGCGCAUAAGCGACGAAUGUCCAUUGAGGGAACUGGGUGGCCUGGAUCACGAGCGUUGCGCAACGCUUCAUAAUUACAUUGUCGAACUAGGCUGGGUUCAGCGAAGCCUCGUAUUGGACAGCCUCGACAGAAGGAUAUGGUGGGAGUGCUACGGUGGUGAUGCGAUUCUUGCAGGUCUUUCUGAUUGCCUCGAUGCAACAGUCGUCUCUUUCCUGAAGGCAGCUUGGCAUGGAUAUGCCAUGAAACCGGUCGCCAAGCGUCACUUGUUCCAUCGGUAUCUGGCCUGUUUCUGCCCUCCAGAAGAUCUUUGGGAGAAUGUGAACUACGCCGGUGACGAAGACGAUUCGAACAAGCGAUGCUUUUCACUCUUUACUGGGGGGUAUGGGCUCUGGGCGCCACUCAUCCACUUGGACUGGUUUUAG